GUGCAUGAUGUAAGCAGGUGGUGGGAGGAGACAGAGGAGCAGGAGCGCUAUAAAAGUUCUGCUUCACUGUUUGAGAAGCACAACCCGGCUGAACAGCGCAUAUUCACUUUGUGUUAACCUAGGACAGUUACAGAAGAAACCAUGGUGAAGUGUGUUGCAGUCAUUCUGUCAGGCUGUGGAGUAUAUGAUGGCACAGAGAUCCAUGAGGCCUCUGCUGUCCUCGUCCAUCUGAGUCGGGCUGGAGCAAAAGUGAAGAUGUUUGCUCCAAAUGCAGAUCAGAUGCAUGUUGUAAAUCACUGUGAGGGGAAACCUACAGACGAGAAGAGGAACAUCCUGCAGGAAAGUGCUCGCAUUGCCAGGGGUGAUGUGACUGAUCUGGCCAAGUUGGAAGUCUCAGCUUUUGACGCUGCCAUCGUCCCAGGGGGCUUUGGUGUGGCCAAGAACUUAAGUGACUGGGCUGUGAAGAAUAAAGACUGCACCAUCCAGCCACAACUAGAGCAGCUCAUCAAGGCUUUCCACAAAGCUGGGAAGCCGCUGGGCAUGUGCUGCAUCUCCCCCAUCCUCGCUGCCAAAAUCCUGCCUGGCUGUGAGCUCACUGUGGGGCAGGACAAAGAAUGCGAGAAGUGGCCAUAUGCUCAGACAGCAGGAGCUGUGAAGGAGAUGGGCUGUAAGCAUGUAAACACUGAAGUGGAUAAGGCACAUGUUGAUGUUAAAAACAAACUGGUCACCACAUCUGCAUUCAUGUGCAAUGCACCCAUUCAUGAGGUUUUUGAUGGAGUAGGAGUCAUGGUUAAGGAGACCCUGAGGCUGGCUUGAGAAUUCCCUGAUUACAUUCUUGAUGUUUGUAUUUAUUUAAUCUAAUAGUUAAGUUUCCUCAGAUUUUACAUGUAAACAUAUUAUUUGAUGUUUACAUCACUUGAUAUUUUCCAUCUGUUGUUUUGUGAGUCUUAAUAAAAGGUUACUUUACAAAA